AUGGCCGUUAUUUCAUCAAAACAGAACGUAUGCAGGUGGAUUUUAAAACACCAACACAAGCUAAAGCAGGCGGUAAGAGCCUGUUCCUUACAAGUCAAAGAAGCUCCCCAGUUGGACGAAAUUUCUAACGACCGGUACGAGACAGAAUCCUCAGAAGUAACGUUUAAGUAUGAGGAUCUUACCACAAAACUGGCCGAUCCUGGACGCCUUCGGAUGAAACCGGAUGUUAGUGAGUUAAAAUUUGGACAUUUCUUUACUGAUCACAUGAUGAAAAUAUACUACCACGAAAAACUGGGAGGCUGGCAAAAACCUAAAAUCGUACCAUUCGAAAAUCUCCAGCUACACCCUGCAGCAAGAGUUCUGCAUUAUGCUAUGGAACUCUUCGAGGGGACCAAAGUAUAUAGAGGAGUGGACGGUAAAUUGAGGUGGUUUAGACCAAAUCUCAAUAUGGCGAGAAUGAAUAGAUCUGCUUCAACGCUUGGUCUUCCAACCUUCAACGGCGAUGAAUUGACCAAGUGUAUAAGAAGGCUAGUACAAAUCGACCAAGAAUGGGUGCCACAUAGUGAAAAAGCUAGCUUGUAUAUUAGACCAUCCUUAAUUGCUAUUGACGGAACCUUAGGUGUAGCUAGAAGUGAGUCAUCCCUCCUGUACGUUAUCCUAUGUCCCGUAGGAUCUUACUGGUCGGAUGGACAGGAUGACUCUGUAAGGCUAUACGCUGAUCCCAGGUUUACCAGAGCAUGGCCAGGUGGCUGUGGAAGCAGCAAACUGGGAUCAAAUUAUGCUCCCACUAUUCGAAUACAGAGUGAUGCUCAGAAAAGAGGUUUGCAGCAGGUGUUGUGGUUGUAUGGACCGGAACACUAUCUUACAGAAGUAGGAACUAUGAAUAUUUUUAUUAUUUACAAAGAUAGUAAUGGAGAAAAAGUAAUGGUAACUCCACCCUUAAAUGAUCUCAUACUUCCCGGAGUUACUAGGGACUCCUGCCUUGCCUUGGGACGACAAUGGAAAGAAUUUAGAGUCGAAGAGAGAAUGCUCACCAUGAGGGAGUUGGUUGCUCUUCAAAAACAAGGAAGGCUAUUGGAAAUGUUUGGUGCGGGAACGGCCUGCAUCGUUACGCCCGUAGCCUCCAUCGAGUUCUUAGGUGAAACUAUCCCCAUCCCAACCAUGCAACAGGACAACCCCAUCUACAGGAAACUUAGGGACUACCUCUCAGCGAUCCAGUAUGGUCACAUCGAGCACCCGUGGGCCAUGCCUAUCGACUAG